AUGCUGGGUAGGAAGAGAAAAUGGAAACAACCCCCCAAAAUCCCACAAGACAAACUUCAAAAUUUUUGCCAAGGUUUAGCUGCUCCAUUUACAUUAGUGUGUAUACAUUUGUUCAGCCCUAUGUUGGUGAAUUUUGUUUCUUUCCAGUUCUUAAGUCUGGGUACGGCGGGCAUCAGGGACUCUGUGCUAAGACUGAUGAAAUGUGUUCCUAAGGGCACCUCGCCCCUUCAGCCUCCAGGAAAUCAUCCUAACACAGAGGUCUCAGCUGUUCUGAGGAAAGAAAUCAGAGUUUGGUUUUUGAAACUGAUUGGGAUCUAA